GGGGGGUGGCUCGGAGCGGGGAGCUGCUUCUGGACACCGGCCUUGGGUCAUGGCACGUGCCCUGCGCAGGCUGGGCCCCGCUGGGCAGCCCCGCUCGGCCUGUGCCGGGUGCCACCGGCGGUGCCGCGGGCACCAAACGCAGCGCCCGUGCCGCAGGCAGCCCCUGGGCAGGAAUGCGGCCGGGGCCGGGCGAGUGCAGCUGGAUGUCGGAGCUGUCUGGCUGCCAGCUCCCAUCCCCUCCCCGGCCUCUCCCUCGCCGCCCCCCCGCCGGCCUCUCCGCCUUCCCCGCUCCCCCCUCCGCGGCCUCUUCCUGCCUUGGCCGCGGCCGAGAUCUUCUGGGGCUCAGGGGGAAGAGGAGCCCGAGGAGAACCAGAGCAAGGAGGAGAAGCAGGAUCCGGGGACGCCCAUGAGGAAAGCCGGGCGGCCCGGGCGGAAGCGCAAGCAUGCCCAGGUGGAAAGCAGUGACACCCCCAAAGACAUCGCGGCCGUCCCCAAGUGCCCCCCGCCCUGCCCGGAGGCCAGCCCCGCCGAGCCGCUGCCCAACGGGGACCUGGAGGCGGACGGAGCCCAGUGGAAGGGUGCCGAGGAGGGCGGCACGAGCCCCAAGGGCGGGCGCCCCGAGGAGGACGAGACGGAGAGCCUGCCGGACGGCGAGACGGGCCGGGCGCUGGAGAACGGCCGCUGCACCCCCAAGGAGGGCCUGGACGCCCCGGCCGAUGAGGGUGAGCUGGCCCCUUCCGACCCCCAGAAGAAACGCGGGAGGAGGAAACUCCUGGAGGCCGCAGAGAAAAGCAAGGAAGAGAAGGAGGAGAACAACUUCGACACCCUGAAAAUGGAGGGCUCCCGCGGGCGGCUGCGCGGCGGGCUGGGCUGGGAGUCGAGCCUGCGGCAGCGGCCCAUGCAGCGGCACACCUUCCAGGCCGGGGACCCCUACUACAUCAGCAAGAGGAAGCGGGACGAGUGGCUGGCCCGCUGGAAGAGGGAGGCGGAGAAGAAGGCGAAGGUGAUCGCCGUGAUGAACGUGGUGGAGGAGACGCCGCGGGCCGAGCCCCAGAAGGAGGAGGAGGCCAGCCCCCCCGCCUCGCAGCAGCCCACCGACCCCGCCUCGCCCAACGUGGCCACCACGCCUGAGCCUGUGGUGGCCGACGCCGUCGACAAGAACACGUCCAAGUCGGCCGACGACGAGCCCGAGUACGAGGACGGCCGGGGCUUCGGCAUCGGCGAGCUGGUGUGGGGCAAGCUGCGCGGCUUCUCCUGGUGGCCGGGGCGCAUCGUCUCCUGGUGGAUGACGGGACGGAGCCGGGCGGCCGAGGGCACCCGCUGGGUGAUGUGGUUUGGGGACGGCAAGUUCUCGGUGGUCUGCGUGGAGAAGCUCCUGCCCCUCAGCUCCUUCUCCAGCGCCUUCCACCAGGCCACCUACAACAAGCAGCCCAUGUACCGCAAAGCCAUCUACGAGGUGCUGCAGGUGGCGAGCAGCAGAGCGGGGAAAAUCUUCCCGGCGUGUCCCGAGAACGACGAGACGGACACCUCCAAGGUGGUGGAGAUCCAGAACAAGCAGAUGAUCGAGUGGGCGCUGGGAGGCUUCCAGCCGUCCGGCCCCAAGGGCCUGGAGCCCCCCGAGGAGGAGCGCAACCCCUACAAAGAAGUGUACACGGAGAUGUGGGUAGAGCCCGAAGCUGCCGCCUACGCACCGCCCCCGCCUGCCAAAAAGCCCCGGAAAAGCACAACGGAGAAGCCCAAGGUCAAGGAGAUCAUUGACGAGCGCACCCGAGAGCGACUCGUCUACGAGGUCCGGCAGAAAUGCAGGAACAUCGAAGAUAUCUGCAUCUCCUGCGGGAGCCUCAACGUCACCCUGGAGCACCCUCUGUUCAUCGGGGGGAUGUGCCAAAACUGCAAGAACUGCUUCUUGGAGUGCGCGUACCAGUACGACGACGACGGCUACCAGUCCUACUGCACCAUCUGCUGCGGCGGCCGCGAGGUGCUCAUGUGCGGCAACAACAACUGCUGCAGGUGCUUCUGCGUGGAGUGCGUGGACCUGCUGGUGGGCCCCGGGGCGGCGCAGGCGGCCAUCAAGGAGGACCCCUGGAACUGCUACAUGUGCGGCCACAAGGGCAUCUACGGGCUGCUGCGGCGGCGGGAGGACUGGCCCUCCCGCCUGCAGAUGUUCUUCGCCAACAACCACGACCAGGAGUUUGACCCACCAAAGGUUUACCCGCCCGUCCCAGCCGAGAAGAGGAAGCCCAUCCGCGUGCUCUCGCUCUUCGAUGGCAUCGCCACAGGCCUACUGGUGCUGAAGGACCUGGGCAUCCAGGUGGACCGCUACAUUGCCUCCGAGGUGUGCGAGGACUCCAUCACCGUGGGCAUGGUGAGGCACCAGGGCAAGAUCAUGUACGUCGGGGACGUCCGGAAUGUCCCCCUAAAACUUAUACAGGAGUGGGGCCCGUUCGACCUGGUGAUAGGGGGGAGCCCCUGCAACGACCUCUCCAUCGUCAACCCGGCCAGGAAGGGGCUGUACGAGGGCACCGGGCGCCUCUUCUUCGAGUUUUAUCGCCUCCUGCACGAAGCCCGGCCCAAGGAGGGCGACGACCGGCCCUUCUUCUGGCUCUUCGAGAACGUGGUGGCCAUGGGGGUGAGCGACAAAAGGGACAUCUCGCGCUUCCUCGAGUCCAACCCCGUCAUGAUCGAUGCCAAAGAAGUGUCUGCGGCACACAGGGCGCGGUACUUCUGGGGUAACCUUCCCGGUAUGAACAGGCCGCUGGCGUCCACAGUCAACGAUAAGCUGGAACUCCAGGAGUGCCUGGAGCACGGCAGGAUAGCGAAGUUCAGCAAGGUGCGAACUAUCACCACUCGCUCCAACUCCAUCAAGCAGGGCAAAGACCAGCAUUUCCCCGUCUUCAUGAACGAGAAGGAGGACAUCCUGUGGUGCACGGAGAUGGAGAGGGUCUUUGGCUUCCCGGUGCAUUACACGGACGUGUCCAACAUGAGCCGCCUGGCCCGGCAGAGACUGCUCGGCAGAUCGUGGAGCGUGCCGGUGAUCCGCCACCUCUUUGCUCCCCUGAAGGAAUACUUUGCCUGCGUUUAAGAGAGACGGACAGGAACUGGUAACACAGAGCGCGUCAGAAACAAAACCAUCCACGCCAAGAGAAGUGAAAACACGGGAUGAGAGAAGAGUCAGCACCCAGAAGAGAGACGGGAUUCUGCAGCCCGACGGGAACCCGGCACACGUCUCCCCGAGCGAAAGGGUUCGGUGUCCUCUCCUGAAUUUCCAAUGUUCAGCUUUUAGCCUAUUUAAAAAAAAAAAAAAAAACAACAACAACAAAAAAAAAACACAACAAAAAACGACAAAAAAGAAAGGAAAAAAAAAAAAGAAAACAAA